AGCCGACAGGGACGGGGAGGACAGAACGAAAAGUGACGAUUUUUUACUGAUACCCGAGUGCCCCGACCCCCUCCCUUUUUCAAUAUGGCUGCCGUAUCUGCACUCUUCAGUACCGCUCCAAUUGGAGAUUGACUCCGAUCUCCCUUCUCUGCUGCCUCUCACUCCUGUCGCUGUCGCCAAGACUUUUGAAAACAAAUCGGUUUUGCAUUUAUCCACCUCCCUGUUCGUCGGUUUCUGCUUCAGCCUCCACCAAGCAUCGCUUCGGGCCUUUUUCCUCCAAAACAACCAGCUUCCAGAAAUCCUAAUCAAUCACCAAUUUCCAAUGGUUUGAAAACACUUUUCGCUCUCUAUUUCCUUUUUAAUGAACAAUGUGUGAAAACUGCGCCGAGCUGGUGGAUGUUUUAAAUGAAAUAUCGGAUGCGGACAGCACUGACGGCUUGCAGCUGAAGAGGGAGCAUGCCCUGCGGGUCUUCAGCUACAUCAGCUCAUGGACCCAGAGGCAGUGCCUGUGUUGCUUUAAGGAGUACAAGCACCUGGAGGUCUUCAACCAGCUAGUGUACGGCCUCAUCAACCUGGUGAUCGCCCAGGUGCAGGCGCUGCGCGACCAGCUGUGUCGAGGACGAGAUGGCGGGGAGCCGGCGGCAGCACCAGGGGCUGGCUGGGGCGGGGAGCGGCCGUCACCGGCAGAUGAUGAGCCCCUCAAUGUGGAGCGGGACUCGGCUGAGGAGGAUGCCGGCGCCGAGAUGGGCGGGCCAGAAGCAGGCCCGGCUUCUGGGCAGGGCCUGGGACUGCGGGGCGAGCAGGACCCCCCCGGGCCAGGCGAGGGCACCGCUGCGGACGGCCCGGACCUGCUCGGGUCCUGGAGCACCGAGGACAGAGAGAAGCUGCUCCUCUGUGCCGCCAAGAUAUUCCAGAUCCAGUUCCCACUGUACACAGCCUACAAACACAACACUCACCCUACUAUAGAGGACAUCUCGGCCCAGGAAAGCAAUAUACUAGGAUCUUUCUGCGAUAUGAACGAUGUGGAAGUCCCGCUGCACCUGCUCCGAUACGUCUGCCUGUUCUGCGGGAAGCACGGCCUCUCUCUCAUGAAGGACUGCUUCCAGUUCGGCACCCCGGAGUCUCUGCCUUUCCCCAUAGCACACGCCUUCAUCACCAUCGUCUCUAACAUCAGGAUAUGGCUGCACAUCCCUGCCGUCAUGCAGCACAUCAUUCCUUUCCGCACACACGUGAUCAGGUACCUGUGCAAGCUGUCGGACCAGGAGCUGCGGCAGAGCGCGGCGCGCAACAUGGCGGACCUGAUGUGGAGCACGGUGAAGGAGCCGCUGGACAGCACGCUCUGCUUCGAUAAGGAGAGCCUCGACCUGGCCUUCAAGUACUUCAUGUCCCCGACGCUGACCAUGCGGCUGGCGGGGCUCAGCCAGAUCACGAAUCAGCUUCACACCUUUAACGAUGUCUGCAAUAACGAGUCCCUGGUAUCGGAUACGGAAACGUCUAUAGCGAAGGAGCUGGCCGAUUGGCUGAUCACCAACAAUGUGGUGGAGCACAUCUUUGGACCAAACCUGCACAUCGAGAUCAUCAAGCAGUGUCAAGUCAUCCUCAACUUCCUGGCCGCAGAGGGCAGGCUGAGUACACAGCACGUGGACUGCAUCUGGGCCGCCGCACAGCUGAAGCACUGCAGCCGGUACAUCCACGACUUGUUCCCCUCCCUCAUCAAGAACCUGGAUCCCGUUCCACUGAGGCAUGUGCUCAACCUGGUGUCCAGCCUGCACCCCAGCGCUCACACUGAGCAGACGCUGUACCUGGCCUCCAUGUUGAUCAAGGCUCUGUGGAACAAUGCGCUGGCCGCCAAGGCUCAACUCUCCAAGCAGAGCUCCUUCGCCUCUCUGCUGAACACCAACAUCCCCAUGGGCAAGAAGAAAGGCUCGCCGGCCGCCAGCCCGGAGAGCAGUGACAACAGCGACACCCACCACAGCGGAGGAAGUGACAUUGAGAUGGACGAGCAGAUCAUGAAUAGCAGCAAGCACGGGCAGCAGAGGCUGUCCGACACAGAGGAGUCGAUGCAGGGCAGCUCCGACGAGACGGCAAACAGCGGCGAGGACGGCAGCAGCGGCCCGGGCAGCAGCAGUGGACGCAGUGAGGCCUCCAGCAAUGAGGCGGGCUCAAGCCGCGCCAGCCAAUCGGCCGGCAGCCCCGGCAGCGAGCUGCAUUCCGACGACAUGGCGGACAGCGAGGCGCUGAAGGAGGAGGAGGAGGAGGAGGAAGAUGAGGAGGAAGAGGAGGAGGAGGAGGAAGAUGAGGAGGAUGAGGAAGAGGAGGAGGAAGAGGAGGAGGAAGAUGAGGAUGAGGAGGAGGUGGAGAACCCGGCGGUGGCCGGGGGCAGCCCACAGAACGAGACGUGUGACCCAGCGGAGCUGAGGAAGAGGAAGGCUGUGGAAGCGCAGCCGCAGGCGGGCCUGUGCCUGGCGGAGCGGGAGGUCUCGCUGGAUCAGGGUGGCGGUUCCGGCAGCAGCGGCGGGCCCAACGCCAAAGGCCUGCCCUUCACCCCUGAAGCAGCGGCCGCCAUGGUAACCGCAUCCUCGGCAGCCGUGGAGACGCACAUGCGGAUGCUGGAUGCCUGCUCAUCCUCCGCCCGUCCCGAGGCUGCCGAACACGAGCUGCCGGGCGAUAUGGGCCCCUCACACAUGCCCCCCGGGCCCCAGGACCCUGCCUGCCUGCCCCGGUCAGGGGACUUCCUGACUGACGCCAUGGGCAACGAGCUCUUCAACUGCCGGCGCUUCAUGGGACCCCAGCACCACCAUCAUCACCAUCCACACCACCAUCACCACCACCCACACCACCACCACCAUGAGGGGCACAUGGUGGAGGACAUGCUGAGCGCCGACGACGUGAGCUGCAGCAGCUCUCAGAUCAGCGCCAAGUCCGAGAAGAACAUGGCCGACUUUGACGGCGAGGAGUCGGGCUGUGAGGAGGAGCUCGUCCAGAUCAACUCGCACGCGGAGCUCACGUCGCACCUUCAGCAACACCUGCCCAACCUGGCCUCCAUCUACCAUGAGCACCUGUCGCAGGGUCCAGUAGUCCAUAAGCACCAGUACUCUGGGCAUGCGGUGACUGACAUCAACCUGGACAACGUAUGCAAGAAGGGAAACACGCUGCUCUGGGACCUGGUGCAGGAUGAGGAUGCGAUCCACCUGUCCGAGGGCCUGAUCAGCGAGGCGGAGAAGCUGCUCUGCUCCCUGGUGUGCUGGUUCACCGACCGGCAGAUCCGCAUGCGCUUUAUUGAGGGAUGCCUCGACAACCUGGCCCACCACCGGUCUGUGGUGGUCUCUCUGCGUCUCCUCCCCAAACUCUUCGGAACCUUCCAGCAGUUCGGCAGCAGUUAUGAUACUCACUGGAUAACCAUGUGGGCUGAGAAGGAGCUGCACAUGAUGAAGCUCUUCUUCGAGAACCUGCUGCACUACAUCCAGGAAGUGCGGGAACGGCGUCACAAAUUCGCCCUGUACGGACACAGCGCCGAGGUGCAGGUGCGUCUGCAGUUCCUCACCUGUGUCUUCUCCACCCUGGGCUCACCCGACCACUUCAGGCUGAGUCUGGAGCAGGUAGACAUCCUGUGGCACUGCCUCGUGGAGGACUCGGAGUGCUACGACGACGCCUUGCAUUGGUUCCUCAACCAGGUGCGCAGCAAAGACCAGCACGCAAUGGGCAUGGAGACCUACAAACACCUGUUCCUGGAGAAGAUGCCCCAGCUGAAGCCGGAGACCAUCAGCAUGACGGGCCUCAACCUCUUCCAGCACCUGUGCAACCUGGCACGUCUGGCCACAAGCGCCUACGACAGCGGCUCCAACUGCGAGCUGUGUGGUAUGGACCAGCUGUGGGGUAUUGCCCUGAGAGCCCAGUCCGCUGACAUCAGCCGUGCAGCCAUCCAGUACAUCAACUCCUACUACAUCAACGGUAAAACCGGUCUGGAGAAGGAGCAGGAGUUCAUCAGUAAGUGUAUGGAGAGUCUUAUGAUGGCCUCGGGGAACCUUGAGAAGGACCCACACUCCAGCCUCACAAUCAUCGAGAGGGGGCUUCUCAUGCUGAAGACUCAUCUGGAGGCGUUCAGGCGUCGGUUUGCCUAUCAUCUGCGGCAGUGGCAGAUCGAGGGGACGGGCAUCAGCAGCCAUCUGAAGGCCCUGAGCGACAAGCAGUCGCUGCCCCUGAGGAUCGUGUGUCAGCCCGCAGGCCUCCCUGACAAGAUGACAAUCGAGAUGUACCCCAGCGACCAGGUGGCGGACUUGCGGGCAGAGGUGACGCACUGGUAUGAGAACCUGCAGAAGGAGCAGAUGAAUCAGCAGGCGCAGCUGCAGGAGUUCGGCCAGAGCAGCCGGCAAGGAGACUUCCCAGGUGGCCUGAUGGGGCCGGUCCGGAUGAUCUCCUCGGGCCACGAGCUGACCACGGACUACGACGAGAAAACGCUUCACGAGCUGGGCUUCAAAGACAUGCAGAUGGUGUUCGUGUCACUGGGCGCCCCGCGGCGCGAGCGCAAAGGCGAGGGGGUGCAGCUGCCGGCCUCCUGCCUCCCGCCCCCCCAGAAAGAGAACAUCCCUAUGCUGCUGCUGCUCCAGGAGCCCCACCUCACCAUGCUCUUCGACCUGCUGGAGAUGCUGGCCUGCUUCAAGCCCCCCAGCACCGAGCGGGCCUUGGAGAGCGCCCAGGGUGCCCGCUGCGAGGAGCUACACCUCCACGCGGAGAACCUGUCCCGGCGCGUGUGGGAGCUCCUCAUGCUGCUGCCCACCUGCCCCAACAUGCUGCUGGCCUUCCAGAACAUCUCUGAGGAGACGGUCAGUCCUUCCAUCCAUUCCCAUCCCUCUGCGGUGUCUCCUGGCCCUGUCGUCAUGGGGGCUGAGGGUCUCUGCUGGAAGGAUCUGCUGAGGAUUAAGAGCCCCCACAAGCUGCUGUACGCGCUGGAGAUCAUCGAGGCUCUGGGGAAGCCCAACCGGCGUAUCCGUAGGGAGUCCACGGGCAGCUACAGCGACCUGUACCCUGACUCGGACGACUCCAGUGAAGACCAGAUAGAGAACAGCAAGAACUCCUGGAGCUGCAAGUUUGUGUCUUCUGGUGGACUUCAGCUGCUUCUGGAGAUUUUCAACUCCGGCAUCCUUGAACCCAAAGAGCAGGAGACCUGGACGGUGUGGCUGCUGGACUGCCUGGCCUGCCUUCUCAAGCUCAUCUGCCAAUUCGCUGUGGACCCGGCGGACCUGGACCUGGCCUACCACGACGUGUUCGCCUGGUCCGGCCUCGCCGACGGCCAGCGCAAGAGGGCGUGGCCCGGGAAGUCGCGCAAGGCAGCCGGGGAUCAUGGGAAAGGGCUGCACAUCCCACGGCUGACCGAGGUGUUCCUGGGACUCGUCCAGGGAACCAGCCUGAUCCAGAGGUUAAUAAAUGUGGCCUACACAUACGAUAAUCUGGCACACAGGGUUUUGAAGGCUCAAUCUGAUCACAGAUCUCGGCAUGAAGUGACGCACUACUCCAUGUGGCUGCUGGUGAGCUGGGCCCACUGCAGUUCGCUGGUGAAGUCCAGCUUGGCGGACAGCGAGCACUUGCACGACUGGCUGAAGAAGCUCACACUUAUGGUGCCUGAGGCAGCGGUGCGGCACGAGGCUUGUAACGGCCUCUACAAGCUCUCUCUGUCGGGGCUCGAGGGAGGCGAGUCCAUCAACAGGUCCUUCCUGCUGCUGGCCGCUUCCACGCUGCUGAAGUUCCUGCCCGACGCCCAGGCGCUGAAGCCGCUGCGGGUGGAGGAUUAUGAGGAGGAACCUCUUCUGAGGACGGGGUGCAAGGAGUAUUUCUGGCUGCUCUGUAAGCUGAUAGACAACAUCCACGUCAAGGAUGCCAGCCAGACCACGCUACUAGAUCUGGACGCCUUGGCGAGGCACCUUGCCGACUGCAUUCGCAGCCGGGAGAUCUUGGACCAGCAGGAUGGGACCAUCGAGGACGACGGGCUCACGGGGCUCUUGCGGCUGGCCGCCAGCGUCAUCAAGCACAAGCCGCCAUUCAAGUUCUCGCGCGAGGGCCAGGAGUUCCUGCGGGACGUCUACAACCUGCUGUUCAUGCUGCCCAGCCUGAAGGACCGGCAGCAGCCCAAGUGCAAGUCGCACGCGGCCCGCGCCGCCGCCUACGACCUGCUGGUGGAGCUGGUCAAGGGCUCCGUGGAGAACUACCGGCUCCUUCACAAUUGGGUGAUGUCGCAGCACAUGCAGGCCUCGCACGCCCCGUACAAAUGGGACUACUGGCCUCACGACGACGUGCGAGCAGAGUGCCGCUUCGUAGGCCUCACCAACCUGGGUGCCACCUGCUACCUGGCCUCCACCAUCCAGCAGCUGUACAUGAUCCCCGAGGCUCGGCAGGCCGUCUUCUCGGCCAAGUAUGCAGAAGAGAUGAAACACAAGACGACCUUGCUAGAGCUCCAGAAGAUGUUCACGUACCUCAUGGAGAGCGAGCGAAAGGCUUAUAAUCCACGGCCGUUCUGCAAGACCUACACCAUGGACAAGCAGCCGCUCAACACGGGCGAGCAGAAGGACAUGACUGAGUUCUUCACGGACCUCAUCACCAAGAUCGAGGAGAUGUCUCAGGACCUGAAAAACACGGUGAAGACGCUCUUUGGAGGGGUCAUCACAAAUAAUGUGGUGUCUCUGGACUGUGAGCAUGUGAGCCAGACUGCAGAAGAGUUCUACACGGUCCGAUGCCAGGUUGCGGACAUGAAGAACAUUUACGAAUCUCUGGACGAAGUGACCAUCAAGGAUACCCUGGAAGGUGACAACAUGUACACUUGCUCGCAGUGUGGGAAGAAAGUGCGGGCAGAGAAGAGGGCUUGUUUUAAAAAGCUGCCCCGGAUCCUGAGCUUCAACACCAUGCGCUACACGUUCAACAUGGUGACCAUGAUGAAGGAGAAGGUGAACACGCACUUCUCCUUCCCGCUGCGGCUUGACAUGACGCCGUACACGGAGGACUUCCUGAUGGGCAAGAGCGACAGAAAGGAGGGGUUCCGGGAGGAGGCGGAGAUGAAAGCAGCAGAGAGCUACGAGUACGACCUCAUCGGGGUGACUGUGCAUACAGGCACUGCCGAUGGGGGACACUACUACAGCUUCAUCCGUGACAUUGUCAACCCGCACGCCUACAGGAACAACAAAUGGUACCUGUUUAACGACGCCGAGGUAAAGCCCUUUGAUUCGGCCCAGCUGGCAUCUGAGUGCUUCGGGGGUGAGAUGACGACGAAGACCUAUGACUCUGUUACAGACAAAUUCAUGGACUUCUCCUUUGAAAAGACCCACAGUGCCUACAUGUUGUUCUACAAGCGGGUGGAACCUGAGGAGGAGAAUGGGAAGGACUUCAAAUUUGAGGUUUCUCCUGACCUGCUGGAGUGGAUCUGGCAUGAUAACAUGCAGUUUCUCCAGGACAAGAACAUUUUUGAGCACACCUACUUUGGGUUCAUGUGGCAGCUGUGCAGCAGUAUCCCCAGCACCCUCCCUGACCCCAAAGCCGUCUCCCUCAUGACGGCCAAGCUGAGUACGUCCUUCGUCCUUGAGACGUUCAUUCAUUCAAAAGAAAAGCCCACAAUGCUGCAGUGGAUUGAACUUCUCACCAAGCAGUUCAACAACAGCCAGGCGGCCUGUGAGUGGUUUUUGGACCGGAUGGCGGACGACAACUGGUGGCCGAUGCAAAUCCUUAUCAAGUGUCCCAAUCAGAUCGUGCGGCAGAUGUUCCAGCGCCUGUGCAUCCAUGUCAUCCAGAGGCUGCGGCCGGUUCAUGCCCACCUGUAUCUUCAGCCUGGCAUGGAGGAUGGCUCCGAUGACAUGGACGGCCCCGUGGAGGACAUCGGCAGCCGCUCCUGCGUGACGCGCUUCGUCAAGACGCUGCUGUCCAUCAUGGAGCACGGCGUCAAACCGCACAGCAAGCACCUGACCGAGUACUUCGCCUUCCUCUACGAGUUUGCCAAGAUGGGCGAGGAGGAGAGUCAAUUCCUCCUGUCCCUACAAGCCAUCACCAUCAUGGUGCAUUUCUACAUGGGCACUAAGGGGCCUGAGAACCCACAGGUCGAGGUGCUCUCGGAGGAAGAGGGCGAGGAGGAGGAUGAGGAGGAGGACAUUCUCUCCCUGGCGGAGGAGAAGUACCGGCCGGCGGCCUUGGAGAAGAUGAUCGCGCUGAUCGCUCUGCUGGUGGAGCAGUCUCGCUCUGAGAGGCACUUGACCCUCUCCCAAAACGACAUGGCGGCACUGACCGGCGGAAAGGGCUUCCCCUUCCUCUUCCAGCACAUCCGAGACGGCAUCAACAUCCGGCAGACCUGUAACCUGAUCUUCAGCCUCUGUCGCUAUAACAACCGCCUGGCGGAACACAUCGUCUCCAUGCUCUUCACUUCCAUUGCGAAGCUCACCCCUGAGGCUGCCAAUCCAUUCUUUAAGCUGCUCACCAUGCUGAUGGAGUUUGCCGGCGGCCCCCCCGGAAUGCCCUCUUUCGCCUCCUACAUCCUGCAGAGGAUCUGGGAGGUGAUAGAGUACAACCCCUCGCAGUGCCUGGACUGGCUGGCGGUGCAGACUCCUCGCAACAAGCUGGCCCACAGCUGGGUGCUGCAGAACAUGGAGAACUGGGUGGAGAGGUUCCUGCUGGCCCACAACUACCCGCGUGUGCGCACAUCUGCGGCCUACCUCCUGGUGUCCCUGAUUCCCAGCAACUCCUUCCGGCAAAUGUUCCGCUCCACGCGUUCCCUGCACAUCCCCACGCGGGACCUCCCGCUGAGCCCCGACACCACGGUGGUGCUGCACCAGGUCUACAACCUGCUGCUGGGCCUGCUGGGCCGGGCCAAGCUCUACGUGGACGUGGCUGUGCACGGCACCACCAAGCUGGUGCAGUACUUCAGCUUCAUGACCUACUGCCUCAUCUCCAAGACCGAGAAGCUCAUGUUCUCCGGCUACUUCAUGGACCUGUGGAACCUCUUCCAGCCCAAGCUGUCUGAGCCGGCCAUUGCCACCAACCACAAUAAGCAGGCCCUGCUGUCUUUCUGGUACAACGUGUGUGUGGACUGUGCUGAGAACGUGCGGCUGGUGGUGCAGAGCCCUGUGGUCACCAAGAACAUCGCCUUCAACUAUAUCCUGGCCGACCACGACGACCAGGAGGUGGUGCUGUUCAACCGCAGCAUGCUGCCUGCCUACUACGGCAUCCUGCGCAUGUGCUGCGAGCAGUCACCCGCCUUCACGCGUCAGCUGGCGUCGCACCAGAACAUCCAAUGGGCCUUCAAGAACCUCACGCCUCACGCCAGCCAGUACCCUGGGGCAGUGGAAGAGCUAUUCAACCUGAUGCAGCUGUUCGUGGCUCAGCGGCCGGACAUGAGAGAGGAGGAGCUGGAGGACAUCAAGCAGUUCAAGAAGACCACUAUCAGCUGCUACCUGCGCUGCCUGGACGGCCGCUCCUGCUGGACCACACUCAUUAGUGCCUUCCGGGUCUUGCUGGAGAACGAUGAGGAUCGCUUGCUGGUCGUUUUUAACCGAGGGCUCAUCCUGAUGACAGAGUCUUUCAACACAUUGCACAUGAUGUAUCACGAGGCCACCGCCUGUCACGUGACCGGCGACCUGGUAGAGCUGCUGUCCAUAUUCCUGUCUGUCCUGAAGGCCACCAGGCCUUACCUUCAGCGCAAAGAUGUGAAGCAGGCCUUGAUUCAGUGGCAGGAGAGGAUCGACUUUGCACACAAGCUGUUGACGCUGCUCAACUCCUACAGCCCCCCGGAGCUCCGCAACGCCUGCCUGGACGUGCUGAAGGAACUCGUCCUCCUCAGCCCACACGACUUCCUGCACACCCUGGUUCCCUUUCUGCAGCACAACCACUGCACCUACCACCACAGCAACAUCCCCAUGUCCUUCGGUCCCUACCUGCCCUGCAGAGAGAACAUCAAGCUCAUGGGGGGUAAAAACAACAUCCGUCCCCCCAGGCCCGAGCUCAACAUGUGUCUCCUGCCCUCCAUGGUGGAGACCAGCAAGGGCAAAGAUGAAGUCUACGACCGAAUGCUGCUGGAUUACUUCUUAUCCUAUCAUCAGUUCAUCCAUCUGCUGUGCCGCGUCGCCAUCAACUGCGAGAAGUUCACCGAAACGCUGGUCAAACUAAGUGUCCUGGUUGCUUAUGAAGGUCUCCCUCUGCACCUGGCCCUCUUCCCCAAGCUAUGGACCGAGCUCUGUCAGUCUCAGUCCCCCAUGGCUAAAACGUGUGUGAAGCUGCUGUGUGAAGACCCGGCCUUCGGAGAGUACAUCAAGUGCAUCCUGAUGGACGAGAGGACCUUCCUCAACAACAACCUGGCUUACUCCUUCCUGACCUGCUUCCUGCCCAAAGUGCAGAGCCAGGUGCUGUCUGGGCCCAGUUGUGCCAACCUGAUGAGUGUCUUGGUGGCCAACCUGAUCAGCGAGUACCACAGCUUGGAGCCUGAGCUGACGAACCAGCGAGCGGAGAUCUGCGAGAGCGGGGGCGUCCUCAACUCGGACCUCCGGGCCCUGGUGCUGCUGCUCUCGGUGCACACGCCCCAGCAGCUGGACCCCGCCCUGGGCCCCACCCUGCAGGAGCUGCUGGCUAAGUGCCGCGCCUGCCUGCAGCAACGCAGCGCGCUGGAGAUCGAGCCCAAGGACCGCAAGACCAAAGCAGAGGAAGAGGGCGCCACCCCUGUGAAACGGCGGCGCGUGAGCAGCGAGGGGGAGCGUCCCACCGACGCCGGCAGCGGAGGCUGCGGCCCUUCUUCGUGCCCAGAACUCAAACCCGAUACCCGGGAGGCACUGACGCCAGCCAGCACCUCCGACACGGAGACUCGGGACUCGUCCGUCAUCGACCCAGGCACUGAGCAGGACCCUCACUCCCCAGAGAGCGUCUCUCCUAAGGAGGAGAAGAUGGAGGCGUCAUCCUCCUCCUCUUCCUCUUCAUCGCUGCCAGAGGAGGUGUUACCACCCGGGCCACAGGUGUUAGAGGAAGAGGAGGAGGAACAGCCUGCAGUGGGAGGCGGCAAGGUUGAAGAGGGAGAGGGGAGAGGAGAGGAAGGGGAGCAGCUGAAGGAGGAGAAGGAGCCCGGCGCUAAGACUUGUGGGGUCAGCACCUCCAUCGAGGACAUGGACCUGGCACUGCCCUCCACCUCGGUGCUGGCGGGGCUCCAGGAGGCCGGGGAGGGCCAGGGCUGCCCCCUGCAGGAGGCCGACGCCUCCAGCCUGGUGCCCGGGUGCAGCCAUGUGGCUUCACACGGCCUCUUGAACUUGAUGCAGCAGCAGGACGUGUUGGACACGCUCUGCAGGACCGUGGAAGCCACCAUCAGCGUGCUCAGCAAACUGUCCAGCGGCAAAGCCGCUCGUACCGCAGCCUCUUGACAACAUUUCUAGCACGUCAGCUUUUAAAACCUUUUUUAUUAUUAUUGUUGUUGCAAUUAAUUAUGCUGUUUGUAUACUACUUUGGUUGUUUUCUUCCUUACUCCUGUUUUCCUCCUCUCCCUGUUUUUGUUCAGCGCAAACAACGUCUCGCUGUCCUGCCCUGUUCCUUGCUCCACACUGUCAUGUGACUUUCUUUGGCUUGAAUGGCAAUAGAUCCAUAAAGUAUGCUUGAAGACAUCUGAGAUAUCAACAUGCAUAGCCUCAGAUCUAUUUAAUGAAAAGAAAAUAAGAAAACUGCAGCUAUAGCACAUCUUACGGAGCAGUCCUUUAUUUUCCUUAAUUUUUUCUUAUUUCAGAGUAAUUUGAAGUGAUUUAUUUGUUUUGAGGUUGCUGUAUUGGGGGAAGGUUUACAGAAUUUUAGUAUUCUCUCUCCUGUAUGUAAUUUAAUUUUAUUGCAUUUUUACUGUGUAUAAAAUGUCUUCUGUGCCAGUUUUGUACUUUAUUAAAGAGGCAAGUUGCCUUGCAUUUUCUGUGGUUAUAUUCAAACUAAGUUUACUUGUACAUUAAAGAACCACAAGAAACUUGAUUCUGUUAAGAAUCCUUCCUAGUUGCGGCCUGGCAGUGUAUAUGAGUAUAUAUGGUGCUUUAUUUGGCAGGAUGCCUGUGGACAGAAUAAAGCACAUUUGGUGUAA